AUGGAGGAGGGCGUGGAUAGCCCACCUACCUCCAAAAAAAGUCUACGGCGGUCUGAUGAUUGUCAGAAUGCAUCUGGUUUUGGCGGCGGAGGAAGUAAAAAUGUCACCUUUUUUAUUUUAAACCAAACUGUGAAAUAUUUUAUUCUGAACAUGAGGAAAAUCUUAUUUCUCUCAUUUGUAUGGUGCUGCUUUACAUCUUUACGAACAAUGAUCCACUUUAAGAUCAUCACUUUGGACGGCAAGGAUUACCCGAUCGAUAUCGAUGAGGAGAGUUCCAUAAAAGAUCUAAGGGAGCAUAUGCAGGAACGCACAGGCAUCGCGUCUACGCAGCAACGCUUCAUAUUCCAAGGCCGAGCUUUAGUUGAUAAUGACAAGCUAAAGGACUUAAACUUAGAGGGAAAAGUGGUGCACAUGGUACCAAGGCCCCCACCUCGUUCUACACCUUCAGUUUCUUCCAAUUUCAAUACUCAAAAUACUUCUGAGAAUCAAACUCCAAACAGGCCAAGGGUUAGCACCAAUAUGUUUGUAAUCAAUUCGAUGGAGGAUGUGACUAGACAAAUAGACACCAAUUUAGAAAUUACCCAGUCGCCAACAUGCGCCCGCUUGCGAGAGAUAAAAGCGCUGUUAAUAGAAAUCAGACAGGAUCUCGAAAAUCUUGCUACCACAAGUGCAAUGCCAGGUCAUGAGGCAACAGGAAGGGAAGAAGGCCUGCCUCGUUCUUCUCGUGAGGCAAGAGAAGGGGAGCAACAGGUGUCACAGCAGGUUUUCCGUGUCCGUGACUUCGCAGAAGUUAUAUUGGAAGUGCAAGAGCUGUCACGCACCUUCUCUCCAUACAUACCGAUGUACGCAAGGUUACUACAAGAGAUCGUGGACGGCGUGCCGAGCGAAGAAAAUAUGGUGGUGCGCCAGCAAAUUGCGUAUUGCAUGGGGCGUCUUUUCCACUCCUUUGGGCACGCGAACCAUAUAAUAAGCGACAUCCACGUGUUGCUUUCCAAUCGAGAGACUCGAAUCGUGUCGGAAGUCAUAGCGCCGCAUUCUACGCCCUUGAGGGCACAGAUUAGCGCGGCGGGCGUCGCCCUGGCUGGAGCUGAUGGCGCCAUUCGACGACCGACUGACCGGAACGUAGGCGGUUCGGACCCAAUUACCGUGCAAUUGCAAAUCGAGACGCGUCUCCCCAUCGGUGUAGGAGUACUCGACGUCCCCCAGCGCGGACAAGUGAAUCCCCCCGACCGCAAUACCAAUGCAAAUGAAACUGCACCGGAUCGCCCAGUUCGGGACAUUAACAUAGACGACGGUGAACCCGUAUUCGAGAUUCCAAUUCGCAUAGAAGGUGUUCCUCUAGAACAUGGUCUCCAAAAUCUCCUCCCUGGCCGUCAGAAUGCCGCCGGUACAGAGCACAACGUGUUCGUGGCACAGGUGCCCGACGCCGCGCAGCCCUCUCCCGAGCUGAUCCAACAACUCUUGUCGCUGUUCGCGACCCACGGAAUAUUGCCAAGCGACACUCCCGCCUCAAACCCUCGAGUAAUCAUCCCGAACGCCGACGCUGGUGCCGAGGCGCCUUCGGCCACCGCCUCCGACCCUCUUCAGAACCGGUCUGAACCGGAUCGUACAAGUCAACGUACCGUUGCGGGAGGACGAGUUUUACAAGGCGUGCCGAUUACUACAAACGUAAGACCCGAUGUAUAUGACCCGACGCUGGCCUGCGAUAGCGUUCAUGCAAGGGAUGAGGUGCAGCGCCGCAACCCUGAGCGCGAUGGGCUAGUUUUAACUGAUGUGGCCUGGCAGAGGAUGCAGUACAACCUGGAGACUCUCUACGUGAGGUUUCGGCGAGACACCUCCGUGCCAGGGGCCGCCUUGAUCUCGUGUCACAUACUCCUCCGCGAGAGACUGACGCCCGCUCCGCUAAGGAUCUUUGGUGACUACCACCUGUCGCAUCUGCGCCGGGUGGUCACCGCGAGCCUGCUCGGCCUUAUCGGGCGCGACGCUCUGGUCGACUCAGACGAGUGCUGCGACACUCUCACUGAGGCUAUUAUGGCAGAGCACGGGGACUUCUUCGACCGAAGCUUACAAGCGAUGCGAGUUCGCCCCGAGGUGGACGUGGUCGCGUCGCUCAGUGCCCUAGUGCGCAGCCGCUUGCGCGACUUCAUAAGAGCUGCGCCCGGCGCCCAAACGGUAGACGCGAGCCUUUUGCGCGUCUACCGCGGCUUCUGCGACUUGAUCGGCUACUUUGCCGAGGGCUCAGUCCAGACCUUCCAGGAGAUAUACCGCGCUUUCUUCAUACACUGCGCAUAUAGCUUGGAUGAGACCACUCUGGACCUGCUAUUCGGCGUCGCUAUGUCCAACAUGGCCUUCGGAAUGAACUUUAUUUCGAGGUCUCCGAGGAAGGGUUUGCGGACGCCAUUCGUCGUCGAACGUGUUCCGGAAAAUGCGGAGAAGCCGCAGGAGACUACGGUCUCAGACGAGGCGGCGCACUCCUCCGCCUCGUGCUCGUGGUAUUCGGCCUUGGGGAGCUCCGUCGCGCCCGACGGGGGGGACUUUUGCUCAUCUCGCAGGAGACCCGUCCUUGUCCCUCGCAAAGCGUCCAGGAAGAAGUCGAGCAGGGCGAGCGAGCCUUCAUCCUCUGACGCGGCUCCAACGUACAAUGACAAUGCGACUCAUUCGCCGGGACCUAGCACCUCAGCCUCCGCGCAGGUCCCCGCUUCGCCCGCGAAUGCCGAUCUCGGCUCUUCGCGUGCAUCCGCGACGAGCACCGCCCCCGUCGGCCCUGCGCCGUGCAGCCCAUUCAGUGAUGCGUACGUGUCCGGCAUGCCUCACAAAAAGAGGCUUUGUGUGCGACAGGCCCGACCACCGACCGCUCUCCAAAGCUUCAUAGAGGAAACCCUGAACGACGUAGAAGUAAACGCAGAGCCGCAAGCUAGCCUCCAGCAGAUGUUCCAGGAGUGGUUCAGGGUCGCCAUUCGUCAGAGGCGGCUCCGUUGCCCGGACUUCGAUGAAGGAAGGCUGAAAGCGGUCACGGCGCUCACCGAAGAGGAGACCGAAUCGACUGAAAGUCAAGUCGAGGACACCGAAUAG